AUGUCGUCGCCCGCUCGCAAGAAGCGUGCGGAUUCAGGUUCGGCUGGUUCAAAGCCGCCACGUGUAGACCCCGCGGAAACCGGUCUUCUACCACCAGAGCAUUGGUCACAACUGCCAGAGGAGGAAAACACGGCAGAGGAUGGCGACUCAGCUGUGAUUGACAAUGCUAGCUCAACUGCAUCCUUAACAUCCAGUAUUCUUCAGUAUAGAACUAUCAAUGGGAGGGCAUACCAGAGUGAGCGGGGAAAUCCUGAGUACUGGGGCCCUAUCGAUGACACUGGUAAAGAGGCAAUGGACAUCAACCACCAUGUACUUACCCUCUUGCUGGGCGACAAGCUGUACCUAGCGCCAGUCCCAGACGAUAUUCAGACUGCUGUGGAUAUUGGAACCGGAACUGGUAAGUACAUUGCUCACAUGAAUCGAAGGGAGUUCGCCGACAAGUUCCCGAAUGCUUCUGUCAUCGGGACUGACCUUGCGCCGAUCCAGCCUGGCUGGAUUCCUCCUAAUCUUGAGUUUCAGAUAGAAGACUGCACUCAAGAGUGGACCUUCCAUCCCAACUCGUUUGACUAUAUACAUAUGCGCUGGCUCGUCGGCAGCAUCGCAGAUUGGAAGUAUCUGUUUGAGGAAGCCUACAAAUGCCUCAAACCAGGAGGCUACAUGGAGAGCUAUGAGCCAUCAUCGCGCGUCGAGAGCGACGACGGUACAGUUCUGCCAGGCAGUGCUUUAAGUCAAUGGGAGAAGUUCUUCGUCGAAGGUGGACGUAAGAUAGGACGACCUUUUACGAUCUUUGAAGAAAACAUCCAGAAAGAGGGAAUGAGAGAAGCAGGGUUUGUGGACAUUGAAGAGCGGGAUUUUAAGAAUCCUGUCGGAGGAUGGCCGAAGGAUCCAAAGCAGCGAAGCGUUGGGCAGUACAUGCAGGCUGCUUUUGAGCAAGACGCGCAGGGUACUGUUCUUCACAUGGCCACUGCGCUAGGCUGGACUGAAGAAGAAGUCACUGUCUUCAUCUCGCAUUUCAGACGUGAGAUUCGAUCACCCAAGAUCCACUCGUAUUUCAGACAGAAGGUUGUUUGGGGGCGGAAGCCGCUUUAA